CACCUCCAACCCUCAUAUUUUCUCUCCCUUCGCCUCACAUUUUCCUCUCAACUUUCUUGCCUUCCAAAAAAGCAUGAAUGUGUACAGAGAUCAAAUCUCCUCCUGUUACUUCCAUCCAAAAGAAAUAGUGGUGGGUGUCUGCGCUUUGUGCUUAAACGAGAGGCUUCUUAUCCUGGCCUCCAAGCGAGGCCGCCACCACUCCUCAGCCCGGACCUGCCGGAAAACUCCCAUUAACCUCUCCAAGAUCUUCGCUUUUAGCUCUUUCAUCACCCGUCUCGAAUUCCGGCACCCAAAGCCGGAAAAUUCCGAUGAUGAAGCCUCCACCAGUCAUGAAGACUCAUUCAUCUCAAUCAACUUUGGGAAAAAUGGAGUUGGGUCAUGGGAGAAGAACAAGGUAUCAGAGGUGUCCCUGGAAAACUGCAGCCUGUCAUGGAAUCACCACUUGACCAAAGACUCCAAGGAGACCAAGACUGUGAUAGAACAUGGCAAGACCCGUGCCUCGCUUAGGUGGCGGAAGCGGAUUGGCCACCUCUUCCAGCUCAUCAGAAGGAAAAGGUCCAACAAAGGGACAGUCUGCCACGUGGAAGGAGUUAAGACAAGGAAAGGCUGGAUGAGAACUCUGACAAGGUCAAGAAACAGUGAAUAGGCAAGGGAGAAUAUCUAUGGGUGAAUCGGAAUUCAAAUGUGAUUUGUAUAAAGAUUUGAGUCAAAUCAAUUACUUAAUUUUUUUUUAUUUGAGCUAUUGCAGGUUUAACAAUUUGUGAAUGAGCUUCUGUAAUGUGAUUGCAAUAUCUCUUUUUUUCCUAAUGUACAAUGCUUGAAUAUCAAAUCAAACACAGCAAUUAAAUAAA